AUGAUUUUCUUUCGCAACUCCAGAGCCUUCGUUUUCCUAUCAUUCAUAGUAUGCGCGCGAAUCAGCCUCGUUAACUGCGAGUGGAUCUAUCUUACGCAUUCUUGUUUCGAGCAAUCUAACGAAACUUCUAACCAAGGGAACCCGAUCAGCGCCCUUGUGUCUAAAUUAGCCCCCGGAGUUAACCAAAACAAUGGCUUCUUCAACGGUACCUCUGAUGGUAUCUACGGCCUCGCCCUCUGCCGAGGCGAUGUUCUUGUUGAGAACUGCCCAGACUGUGUCAAUUUUGCCUCUCAAGAAAUCGCACGUAUGUGUCCAUCCAGUGGAACUGCCUUUAUAUGGUUCGAUGAAUGCAUGUUAAGGUACUCGGGCAGCAACUUUUUUGGAAAGGUAGAGACGACGCCAGCGCUUUUAAAGACGAAUGUCAUGAAUUCUGAUGACCCUAAUUCUGUAGCAUUAUCUCUAAUGGACAAACUAGUGGCCGAAGCAAAAACAAAUGAUAAGUUGUUCGGGGCAAAUUUCAACCCGUUGGAUGAUGGGACUGGAAGCAGAUAUGGGAUGGUGCAGUGCACUAGAGAUCUCAAUAGUACGUCUUGCGCCAAUUGUUUAGAGGAUUUGAUAAACGUAGCUAAAACUUGUUGCAUAUCGAAAGUAGGGUGGGGACUCUACUCCCCGAGUUGCACUAUAAGGUAUGAGAACUACUCUUUCCUUCGGCCGCAACCAGUACCGUCGCCCCAACCUCUGCCUCCACCGCCCAUGCCCCAACCAGGCAAUGGUAAGCUGGCGCCCUAA